ACGUAGGUCACAGCACCUAUGUACGUGUUGUAAGCAUGUAGGUACUUACAUCUGUAGUGCGCAGUAGGGUGGGCGGUCAACAUUCGACCAUAUUCCUCGGUCGAUUCACUUAACGUUCGAGAAACAGAGUGUAUUACGCGACGGUAUAGUGUUGACGUACAAUUGUAAAAGUGAAAACAGUGAAGUUAAAAAAACUGAACUUUUGUUAGAAAUUCAAGGACUCAAAUAUGAAUCGGAAAUAUAUUUUAGCGGCAUUCGCUAUUUUAUUAAUUGUUUGUGCUGAAGGAAGAAAAACGUCUGGCCGAAGUCGUGGUUCGGGUUCUGGUCGGGGAUCAAGUAAAAAGACAAAUUACAAUCCACAACCUGCACCAACUUCAUUCAGUAAUCCCCAGGCUUCAGCUCCGAAGCCAACUUUAUUCGGCUGGCAGGAGCGCCCUGCUCAAAAAUCGAACACCCAAACACUUUCUUCGUGGCAAUCAAAGCCGUCCAGCGGGCAAAGUCAUUCGUACCCUUCUAGUGGAACAGGAUUAUCUGGUGACAAGACUAAACCACAAGUUAAUCAUGAAAGUGUUCAACGAAGUAGUGCUUCUAAUAAUUUAGCUGGUCAACAACAUACCAACAGUCAACCAGGUCACUCUUACCCAUCAUCGAAUGGUUUGUCAGGAAGCGGUAGUGGAUAUCCUCAGCAAACUGCUAGCAAAUAUCCACAGCAACAAGGAUCUGGAGUAUCGGGAAAUACUGGAACAGGACCGGCGGGAUACCCACAAUCACACGGCUCAGGAUUAUCAGGAAGUGGUCAGCCUGGUCAUAGCUAUCCACAACAAACUGGUUCCGGUAGCGGUUACCCACAACAAUCUGGCUCCGGUAGUGGCUACCCACAACACAAUAGUGGAGGACCUGGAUCCGCUGUCGCACCACCCCCGUACAGCGGACCGAAUUUUCAAAAUAACUAUGGAAAUAAUUACCACCCACAAGGUCCACCUCCUCCUUAUUCAAAUUACGGCUCUAGCUAUGGAGGUAUGGGUGGGCAUGGUGCGUAUAAUCCAGGAUACGGCUCUCAAGCACCAGGAUACUUUGGAAACUAUGGAAACUAUGGCAAAGGUAGUGGUGGUAUGAGUCGCACAGGAAGCGCUCUUACGGGAGUUGGCAUUGCAGGCGCUGGUAUUGGAACUGUAUUGACUGGAUUGGCUCUUUGGAAUUUGGCACGGUCUACUGGGCAGCAUCAUCAUACCGUUAUUUAUGACAACAGAGGUCAGCCCGUAGCUGUCGCCCCGUCCAACGAUACCGCUCCGGUAGCUGAUUCAAUUUUAGCGGAUUUAGUAAAUUGCAGUUUGACUAUAAGUAAUGAUGACAAAACUGAAGUGCUGGCUAUACCCUGUUCUAUUGCGACUUCAUUUACACCGGAAGCCGAUGUAAAAGAGUCUGGUAUAAACGAAAACAAAAAUGACAACACAAAGUGCACUAUUACAGUUCUCACAAAAGCUGGUAAAGAAUUUAUGACCACUAUACCUUGUUCAAUUCUUUUAAACACCGCUGCAGAAAAUAAUGUUACAGAACCACCUUUGGUAGUUGAUGAAUCAGCCAAUAUAAGUAAUGUUACUAAUGACGCAGUCAUCCAAAAUGGCACGUUAAUGGACAGCAACGCCACUUUAAGUGAACCGACGGCACUCAGGCUAUCUGGUGACGAUAUUAAUUUGGAUGAUGCAAAGUUAUCGCAUUUGAACUGCACUCCGCAUUCCGGAGAAAUAAGAGACCCCAUCAAUCCUUGCUUCGCUGUAAAUCAUAACUUGACUGUUAUCCCAUUACCAGCCACAGAGGAACCAAAAUAAUUAUUAUAUGUAUUUAUCUGUUUUAAGGAGGCAAUUAAUAGUCCUACGGAUAUGGAAAGUCUAAUAUAAUACUCUCUUUUGUGUGUGGAGUUAAAAUUUAUAAUAAAGAGAACAUUUGAAAUGUUAAUUAUUGACGUAUGUAGGUAUCUGUUCGUAUAAACAAUCCGAAUAUAAAAUAUAAUAAAUAAUAGUUUACUUUAUUUGCCAGAAGUGCAAUUAGAAGUCCAAAAGUGUUUUUCAGUGUUCAGUGUUCCUCACAGAUAUAGCACGUUAUUGUCUUAUUUGAAUCAUUGAUCGAGUCCGAUCAAGUGACAUCUCGUAAAUCAAUUCAUGUAAGUUAAAAGUUACAUCA